AUGGUAACUCGGUCCCGCCGGCCGUUGGAUCGCCGCAUCGGUAUCGCCGAAACGAGACCCCAUCUGCGACACCGCAGGACGCUCCUCGGUAAGCUAACAUUGCUCUGUCGUCAUUAAUUUGCUUGUUCUUACUUAUUUGUGUCUGUCCUUGUCGGGAGCUAAAUGCCGUUCCGUUGAAGUCCCUCCGUCUGUCUUGUUUCUGCCUCUUCUUGUCAGCCUGCAUUUAGUCUGCUUGUUCCUGUUUGAUUUUGUUGCAUGCUAACUGCCGUACCUUAGAAUCUCCAUGCGCACGGCUUAUAUAUUUCAGCAACAAUUUCUCUUCGAGGAGGGAAACCUCUGAUUCCCGUCUCUCUACCCUUCCCCCAUCCCCUCCAUCAAGUCCUACGGCAGUGUGGUUGGCAGGUCCAAGCUACCUCGGGUCGUUCUCCCAUUAGACAAAGACGUGACCCAUAGUGGAGUUCGGCAGCGCCUGACACCACUGAACAGCCCCAUUUAGAGAGAGCACUGUUCAGCCCCGCCGGAGAGAAGGGGUUGGGAAGGGUGUUCUACCCAAAUGCUGGGGAUUAACGCCGUCUGCAUGAUGACCGUGGUCGCAGGCGCAAAACACACGGUAGAAACAACCAAAUCAGAAACAACACAUACUGUCUUUCUCCUCCUCCACGCCGCCCCACUCGCCAGACCGGUAGGAUUAGUCCGCUUACUCUGGUAGCCUGGAAUGUUCGUUCCCUUUUAGACAAUCCGAGGAGCAACCGACCGGAACGGAGGACGGCGCUAGUGGCACGAGAACUGGCGCGCUACAAGGUGGACAUCGCCGCACUCAGCGAGACCCGAUUCUCCGAACAAGGCCAACUGGAGGAGGUGGGUGCCGGCUACACCUUCUUCUGGAGCAGUCGCACCCAGGCAGAACGACGGGACGUGGGCGUCGCCUUUGCCAUCCGGAAUGACAUCGUCGGACGACUGCCCUGUCUGUCGCAGGAUAUCAGCGAUCAUCUGAUGAGCCACCGCCUGCAUCUUCUGGGAGGCGAAUUCGCCACCAUCAUUAGGGUCUACGCUCCGCCGAUGACCAGCCCUGACGCCACCAAGGCCAAAUUCUAA